CCAUUUUUAAUUUUUCAAAACUUUUUAAGCAUAAAAACCACUAUAUUCUAAAGUUGGUGUCAGCAUUCUUAACCUUUCUAGAGGUUAUCAAGUAUUCACAGAAGAAUAAAUACUAAAUAUAUGCCCCAUAGUGUAGAUUACUUCCAUCUACGAUAGUCUAUAUUCAUAGAAAACAUAGUUUUAUGUAUAUUGUAUGGCAGAGAAUACAAGUUAAUAUUUAAGAUAAGUUUCUGUGACAAAAGGCGAGAAUGGUAAUCUCUCUGAACCUGUUGGGUUUAUAAAAGCCUUUUUUAAAGUCAACACACCAUAUAUGCACGAAUAAAAACAUUUGAAAGGUACAUCGCAAUCCAAAUAGCGGGCACAGUCUGAACCCAGCAGCGAGACUGGAAGCUUUUGCUUCUCCAAUCAAUGGCUUUCCAGCUGAGUAAGAAACGCAACGCGUGCGCAGUAGGUUCCCCCCUUCUCUUCCGCCCGUUCUUCGGCUUCUCUUCCACUUCCGAAAGGUCCUUUAAAGGGCCAGCAUAGCUUUAAAGAAACGAUUUAAAAAUGGAGACUAAAAUCAAUUGUCCCAUGACAAUAUGGAGUGAUUAAAACGGGGCACUCUUGCGACUCACAGUUUUCAAAUCCAAGGCAAAGCAAUUGAGCGUAGCCUGCUGCGAGUCGUUUUUGAGGGGUAAGCACGUAAUGGAGCCGCCGGGGGCUGGAGUCGGGAAAGCCGAUGACUUAGAAGAGGCAGGUGAGACCGGACCCUGCCGGCGAUCGCCGCCAGUAUCGGUAGCAGCAGUUCUACCUGCCGGAGGAAGCGGGGAAAGGCUGGGUGGCAGCACCCCGAAGCAGUUUUGCCCCAUGCUGGGAAGGCCGCUCAUUAGCUAUACCGUGCGGGCGAUAGAAAGAAUCAACUGGAUUACUGAUGUUGUUGUUGUGGUCUCUUCAGAGAAUAUUGAAAUAAUGAAAUCUAUUAUUAGAAAAUACGGCCAUGAACGGACAACGGUAGUGGAAGGAGGACUAACCCGUCACAGAUCUAUUUUCAAUGGAUUGAAAGUAUUUGGAAAAGGCAAUACAUUCUGUGCCUCACUCCAGAAACCAGAAAUAAUAGUAAUCCAUGAUGCUGUCAGACCAUUUGUUGAGGAAGAUAUUCUUUUUAAAGUAGUUAUGGCUGCCAAAGAGCACGGGGCUGCAGGAGCAAUCCGUCCUCUUGUCUCCACGGUUAUUGCUUCCACUACAGAGGGAUGUUUAGACCAUUCACUAGAUCGUGCCAAGUACAGAGCAAGUGAAAUGCCUCAGGCUUUCUUAUUUGAUAAAAUCCAUCAAGCAUAUCUUCAGUGUAGUGAUUAUGAUCUGGAUUAUGGAACAGAAUGUUUGCAUCUAGUUCUAAAAUAUAGCAAUAUAAAUGCUAAACUUAUUGAAGGACCUCCUGACCUAUGGAAGGUAACUUACAAGUGGGAUCUUUUUGCAGCUGAUUGUUUAAUCAAAGACACUAUAUCGCAGGGAGUUUGCAUUAUUACUGACAUAGAGGAAGAUGCUGUACAAGUGGGAUUGCUCCUUAAUGAAAAAAUGAAGAAUCACGUGAAACAUGUUAAAAAUGUAGCAAUCACCCUUCAAAAAAAUGACAAUCUACAAAAUAUUUUGUUAGGACAGUACUACAACUUUAUUUGCAUAAAAAAUAAACUGCCUGGCUUUGAUGAAGUCUCACUGCUGGUAGACAAACUUGAAAAGACAGGUGCUUCGGUUUUGUACCCUGUUGUUCUCAUUUUGAUAAACAUGAGUAUUUUAGAAAAUACACCUUUUAACAGUGGAAUUGAAAGUUUUACUAUACUUGCCAAGGAAGUUAAAAAGAAAAAUAUUUUACUUUAUGGUCUCUUUAUGCAGUAUAAAAAGGAAAGUCUAAAGCUUCAAGAGACCAUGGAUUCAGCAGCUGCACUUAUUACUGUAUUAAUAAGAGAACGAAAUCCUGCAUUUGUUGGUCAGCUUCUAGUAGCAUGAAAAAAUAAUAUUUUUAGUUAUUUGUGUUUGAAAGUACAUAUGUUUUUAACAAUUAAAAACUAGGGUUUGUCACUAAUAUAUUUAGCAUGAAAUACAAAUAUUUUAAAUAAAAUAUAUUUAUAAUAAAUACAGAAGAUUCAGUUGCACAUUGCCUCAAGUGCCUUGAGCAGAGAGGAAGGUAGGAAAUAGGCUAAAUAAAAUACUUCUAGGAAGAGAUAAGUAAAAAGUGAAUGUUUCAAAUUUAUAUGAUAAUAAUGAGCUGGUAAACCGAAAAAUGUUUUAAGUCUGGUUCUGUUGAACUAUAAACUAAGGAACCUAUCAGUAGUUAUUUAUUAAAAUGUGUAUGACUAUUAUUUUAGAGAAAUACUGUAUAGUUGUAUGCUCAUAGUUUUGCUCUUUUGUGUAAGUAGGAAAAAGGGGGAGGAAAAGUCUGUGAAAAAUAUAAGUGUUACAAUAUAUAUAUUUGCUUUAUGUAGCCCCUGUAGUAGAUUUCAUCUUAAACAUAUAAUGGAGAUAGAUCAGCAUUCCCAAAAUAUUUUCCCUCAGAUGUCCUGGAUUUCAGUUUCCAUAAUAUCUAAACUGCUGAAAAAUUUAAAAAUUGGAGAAGACUGAAUUGAAUGUGGUGAAACACAAUAGUAAAAUGAAUUAUAUGGGAAAAUUAAAACAAAGUGUUCCAAAUUACACUUAAGAAACAAGUUAUUAUAUCCUAAUAACUACAGAAUAGGAUUAAACACAAUUCCAUUAACUCCAAAUGAAAUUCUGACUCUUUUAGGGAAAAUAAAAGUAUUGCCACUACUACAGGUUUGCUCAUCUCCUGAGCUGAAAAUAAAAGACUAAUAAAAGACUGACUCAAGUAACUGUAAACUAGCUUUACACAUUACACUACACUAAGUUUUUUGUUUGAUUUUGGCCUAGUAAGUUGUAUCAGCCCAGCUGUUAGGGUUUGUUGUUCAUUGUCGUGGGCUUGAUGUUGCACAUGAAUGCAUCAUCUUUGCAUUGUCAAAUAUUGUGAACAGAUAGCUUAUAUCUCUACUGGUAUGUGAGAAAGAGAAAUAGGAUGAAAAAAAUGCUCCCUAGGAAAUGGUAAAAUAAGCUGCACAGCCAAUGGGCAGAGAAAGAGACUCAGAAGGGUCUCUUUCUUUCCUUAACAGGCUGUUAAGGAGACAGUGGGAUAUUUGCACUUUCAAAGUUGCAACACUCUGUUAAUGUAGCCUUACAGUAAAGUAGAAUUGGCUCAUAUCUAUAUUUUUCCUGUCUGGUUUACUUGGGAAGGCUGACAGUAUCCUAGGUAUUCUCUUGUUUCCGAAGAGAAGGAGUGGGAGGAGUAACACGUGGGUAUUACCAAAGCCUUCUUGCCUAUUGGAGACUGAGGUAUUAAUCUUUUGGAGCCACACCUCCGUACCUCCUCCUACUCUCUCAGAUUGCCUCAGUCUGAAGCCUGAAAAGGAGUGUUUUUCCUUCUCUCCCUUCUCUGCGAAGACUUAGAGUUUUUCCCCCUCAUAUUUGGAUCAGCGAUCUCUAGCUACAAAGGAUUCCGACAAAGACCUUGCCUUU